CGCGUCCGCCAGACUCCGCGUGCCUUUGGGUCAAUCUGACAGAAACUGUUCUAACAUAAAUGUAGGAAGGCGCUGCUUCGUGACUGUGCAGUUUCAGGGAGGAAAACGCGAAUUUCUGGUUGUGUUCUCUGCCGUUAUUCGGCCAAUCGUCGCGUCGUCUCGUCGAAGGUCGGAGUGAAAACCCCGAAAACGGCGGGAGUUUCUCCGUAGAGCCGCAACGCCAAGCAGGUUUUUUCGGUAGAAAACAGCCCAAUGCCGCUCCGGCCCAAAGGAAGAGCCGCUCCGCGUUUUACCCGCCUCUCCCCGCCGCAGUGGGAGGAAGUCGAACCACAAAGCCAGCGGUGCCGCCGUUCUGAAGAAAAAACCCCAGAAAACACGCACGUGAAGACGGGCUCGCGCUGACCGUGAGCCGUGUUACUGCGGGAAAACGAACAGUUCGGCUGCAGGAAGCGGACAUCGCCGCUCGGCAACACUCGGAGAGGCAGCCGCUCUGACUGAACCAGGACUCCCCGAACCCCGACAAGCAGGACCCAUCGGGGUUCGAUACCGGUUUUUAUUUAAUUCAUAUUUCUGAGGAGGGUUUGGAGGCACGGUACGGCUAACCCCCCACCAAAGACGAGCGGGAAUCCGUGUCUGUUCAGUUUCUUCAGGAAAAGUUGCAGAGGCGAACCACCGCUCUUCAUCUCCCUCCGCCGUCCGCGUCACAGCCGUCCCUCAGUCCGGAGCCCUGCUCUGGCUCUCCUCAUGGGAAGCGCGCCCCCCUUCCUCCGUAUCGAGCCCGGGACACCCCAGCGAGAAGCCAUGGAUUAUGUUGCCGGACGCUGCUGAUGGUUUUCGGGCCUGCUGGACCGUCGAGGGCUGCUUCGCCAGAAACGCAGCGGCACUUCCCCAUAAACGAGGCGGCAGCGGAGCCGCAGCCGUUAGCCUCGGCGUCCGUCAGCGCGCAGCUCAAGCCCGUCUGUCAGUGAGUGAGUGGAUACGGUUGGGACCGGCGGCGGGGCGGGGGGGGGGGCAUUUUAGCACUCCCGCGAUUUGAAGCGGCAAUAGAGGGCGCCCCCCCACAUCAAAGUUUUAGGUGCAAACUGCUUCACUGUUGGUUAGCUAGUUCUGGCUAGUGCUGUUCAUUUAGCUAGCUAGCGUUGUGUGGCUAACUAGCAGGCGAACCCAAAUAUCGACCGAGCCAGCGGGACCCGAGCCAGCCCGCGAGCGGAGGAAGCGGGAUCGGGUUCUGAUUAGUUAAUCCCGCCGAUCUGCCCCGACUGGAUUUUGGUGCCGAGACCUCCCAAGGUGUUAAUCUGCAUCUUUUCCGGUCUUGAUGGAUGCGCGGACGCGGAACACCUCAGCCUGAACAGGAAGCCUGAACCGACGUCAGGACGAACCGACCCGGAGCUCGGAUUUAUGUGAGACACGAGUCCAGGCUCAUGCUUCACCUGAGACCUGCACGCGCUCAUCUGUGCCAAAGCCCACGCGAGACAUUCGCGUUAUUUGAUGCCUAACCGAAGACUACUAGAGGCACAAAUCUGAGCCCCCCCCCCUAAAAAAAACAAAACAAACUCUUCUUUUAACCCCCCCUCUCUGACUGCUGGUUUGACACCAGCGGGACCGGACACACCGGAGGAGCCCGCCCCCCAGCCCACGAUUUUUUUUACUGAAAAUACUGCCUGUUUACAUUUGAAGGACCCCCCCCCCCCCAUCUGAAACUCAUGCCAAACCGGGGACGUUUGGAAUCAUCUGCAGCAGGGACGCCCCCGGACACGCAGACGACCUGACAGCUGUUUUCUGGUCUGGUGAAACGAGGAAGUCGCGGCCUCAACCCCCCCCCCCCCCCCCCCCCUUCCUCCGAACGCGCCCCCUGAGACUCCCGUAGCUUUGCGUUAAAUGGGAUUACAGAACCGGUGAUUUUUGGGCCCGAACACCGAUCGAUCUCUGGAUGACCCCCCCCUCUCCUCUUCUCCCCCUCCCCCUGUUCACGUGAUGGUUGUUUGAGGCUCGGUUCCGGUCCUGGAUGUUGGUCCGGUCUGCUGCAAGGACGCUGAUUUUUCUUGGUUCCCGAAAGUAAAAGGACCCCCCCCCUCCCCCAAAAAACAACCCCGGCUGUUUGGACCCCCCCCCCCCCCCUGUGAGUGGAAAGAUGGCGGACCUGGAAGCGGUGCUCGCCGAUGUCAGUUAUCUGAUGGCAAUGGAGAAGAGCAAGUCCACCCCCGCGGCGCGAGCGAGUAAGAAGAUCAUCCUUCCGGAGCCCAGCAUCCGCAGCGUGAUGCAGAAGUACCUGGAGGAGAGAGACGAACUGACGUUUGACAAAAUCUUCAACCAGAAAAUUGGCUUCCUGCUGUUCAAGGACUUCUGCUUUAACGAGAUCGACGAAGCCGUGCCGCAGCUCAAGUUCUACGAAGAGAUUAAGGAGUACGAGAAGCUGGACUCGGAGGAGGAGCGUCUGAGCCGCAGCCGGCAGAUUUAUGACGUCUACAUCAUGAAGGAGCUGCUGUCCUGCUCUCACCCCUUUUCCAAGAAGGCCGUGGACCACGUGCAGAGCCACCUGGCCAAGAAGCAGGUUCCCCCAAGCCUGUUCCAGCCGUACAUCGUGGAGAUCUGCGACAGCUUGAGAGGGAAGAUCUUCCAGAAGUUCAUUGAGAGUGACAAGUUCACGCGGUUCUGCCAGUGGAAGAACGUGGAGCUAAACAUCCACCUGACCAUGAACGACUUCAGCGUUCACCGGAUCAUCGGCCGCGGCGGCUUCGGGGAGGUGUACGGCUGUAGGAAGGCCGACACGGGGAAGAUGUACGCCAUGAAGUGUUUGGACAAGAAGAGGAUCAAGAUGAAGCAGGGGGAGACUCUGGCGCUCAACGAGAGGAUUAUGCUGUCGCUGGUCAGCACCGGGGACUGCCCCUUCAUCGUCUGCAUGACGUACGCCUUCCACACCCCCGACAAGCUCUGCUUCAUCCUGGACCUCAUGAACGGAGGGGACCUGCACUACCAUCUGUCUCAGCACGGCGUCUUCAGCGAGAAGGAGAUGCGUUUCUACGCCGCCGAGAUCAUCCUGGGACUGGAACACAUGCACAACCGCUUCGUGGUCUACAGAGACCUGAAGCCCGCCAACAUCCUUCUGGACGAGCACGGCCACGUCCGGAUCUCCGACCUCGGCCUGGCCUGCGACUUCUCCAAGAAAAAGCCGCACGCCAGCGUCGGCACUCAUGGUUACAUGGCGCCGGAGGUUCUGCAGAAGGGGACGGCGUACGACAGCAGCGCAGACUGGUUCUCUUUAGGCUGUAUGCUGUUCAAGCUCCUCCGAGGGCACAGCCCCUUCAGGCAGCACAAGACCAAAGACAAACACGAGAUCGACCGCAUGACGCUGACCAUGAACGUGGAGCUGCCCGACUCGUUCACGGCCGAACUCAAAGACCUGCUGGAGGGGCUCCUGCAGCGGGACGUGGCCAAGAGGCUGGGCUGCCAGGGCCGAGGAGCCGCGGAGGUGAAGGAGCAUCCCUUCUUCAAGGGCAUCGACUGGCAGCAGGUUUACCUGCAGAAGUACUCCCCACCUCUGAUCCCCCCCAGGGGGGAGGUGAACGCUGCAGACGCAUUCGACAUCGGCUCGUUCGACGAGGAGGACACCAAGGGCAUCAAGCUGCUGGACAGCGACCAGGAGCUGUACAAGAACUUCCCGCUGGUCAUAUCGGAGCGCUGGCAGCAGGAAGUGGCGGAGACGGUUUACGAGGCCGUCAACUCGGACACGGACAAGAUCGAAGCUCGCAAACGGGCCAAGAACAAGCAGCUGGGCCACGAGGAAGACUACGCCCUGGGGAAGGACUGCAUCAUGCACGGCUACAUGCUGAAGCUCGGGAAUCCCUUCCUCACUCAGUGGCAGCGCCGCUACUUCUACCUGUUCCCCAACCGGGUGGAGUGGAGGGGCGAGGGCGAGUCGCGGCAAAACCUGCUGACCAUGGAGCAGAUCGUGACGGUGGAGGAGACGCAGAUCAAAGACAAGAAGUGCAUCCUGCUGCGCAUCAAAGGAGGGAAGCAGUUCGUGCUGCAGUGCGAGAGCGACCCAGAGUUCGUGCAGUGGAAGAAGGAGCUGACGGAGGCGUUCACGGAGGCCCAGAAGCUGCUGCGCCGCGCCCCCAAGGUGAUCGGGAAGAGCCGGGCCGGCGUUAUGGACCAGCCCAAACCCCCCCUCACACACCGCAACAGCAACGGCCUGUGAACGCACACGCGCACCCAGAGACCCCCCACCCACACACACACACACACGACGCACCCCCUCACCACUGCAGGACUGACACCAUGCGCCGGCCACGCCCACUCUGCACACCGGCCACGCCCACCU